CACCCCAGCAACACGAUACCUAUGGGCCGAUGUCGACUUGGCAGCGAUGCACUGCCUUCUCAAUGCUUUGCAUCGGAUUGUGGGCCAACAAGACUGGAUCAGAGCGAGCUGCUCGUUGUAGCUUUUAUGAACGCCAUAUCCGAGUUCUCACUGUGGGGCAUGAUAUGUACCUGGACCUUGGCGACGGAGAAGUGCAAAGUAUUAUUCUGGGCGAAGUUCUCCAUGGAUACCUGGACAUGUUGAGACUUCGUGUCGAGGAGUUUAACGGCCGUUUCCCCGGCCUUCUUACUCUCCGCGUGGCAUUUCCCCGAAACCUCGAGAUUCAAGAUGCCAUCUUCUCGAUGGCAAGGAUAUGCUUGGUGCCGUCUCUGUGCAAGGUUUGGUGCUCGGCGAUGGAUGUUUUCAUACCCUCGACAGCCUUCUCAUCGAACGCAGCCCUCGCUUUCUUCCAGGCUAUUCCCGCGCGAUGCCCCCACCUACAAGUUUGGCACCUUGAUGUGGAGGAGUCCGAGGACGUUAUGUCCGACGAUUUCGCGGCACCAUCAGAACUGAUCAGCGUGACGAGAUCGGUGAUUUCGCAGGUUCCAAAUCUAUGCUGUUUCGCAGCUCCUGCAUGGUGCUUGAUUCCGUCAAUUUACGACGCUCUUGCCCGUCAACCCCUCCUCGGGCAGAUCAAGAUCACAGACUCGAACGAGUCAGUCCCGGAUUACUACGAUCUUGCCCGUCAACGUUCGAAUGACAUUCCAGCACAUAUGCCCUGGUUUCCUCGACUAGGCGUACUCCAUUUUCAAGGUCAUGAGGGGCUUGUCCUCGACGUUCUCCCUGAUCCAGCCAGAAUGGGCAGUGACGGGAGUACAAUCAGUCAAAUGCCCCUGCUUCAUACGGUCGAUAUCUUUGCAGGUAGGUCAGAUGCACAUGAAGAUCCAUCGCGGAUCCCGUCAUUGGUCAAGAUCAUAAAUUAUCUGCAAUACUGCCCAAAGAUCACCCAGCUUGAACUAUUCAUGGACUUCGCCCCUGCUCCAUCGGAUGCUGAUAUCGAACUAAUCGCGACACCCUGGCCCGCUCUUCAGGCUCUAUGCAUUUCACCAUGGUCUAUGAGUGGGAGGGCGGCUGCAGCGCUCACCUUGAAGAGUUUGCUGAUCCUGGCCGCGCGUUGUCAAGAAAUAGAUCGAAUCGAUCUGCAUUUAUGUCAUGGUCUAAUACCAGAAGUUCCAGCCCAGCAUCAGAUCUCCCGGGCAUCGCCCUGGAUCACCUUGUCAUUGACACAAACAACAUCUGAGGACUUUCUCCGACGUUUCUUCCGGAGGCUCUGGCCAGGCUUCAGGAGGGCAAUACUCGUCCCAUAA